AUGCGUUCCCUCUCCACCAUCCUGCUGCCAUUGGCAGCCUCCGCCGUCUCGGCCCAGACCCCGGCACCCAGCAGCACCGCCAGCUCCUCUGUCAUGCCGACCGUCACGCUCGACUACUCGACCGUCGCGGCGGCCGCCGGCAACGAGUCGCUCGGCUACUACAAGUACCAAAACAUCCGCUUCGCCGCCGUCCCGACGGGCGACCUGCGGUGGGCGGCGCCGCAAUGGCCGCCCGUCGAGACGGCCGUCAACGACGGCACGCUCGCCGACGCCGAUGUCGACUGCGCGUCGGCCGAGGACUGCCUGUACCUGGACGUGUGGGCGCCCGCCGGCGCCGCGGCGGGGAAGAAGCUGCCGGUGAUGGUGUGGACGUACGGCGGUGGUUUCACGGGCGGCAGCAAGUCGGAGAACACGCCGGAGGGGCUGUUUGAUCUGAGCAAGGAGUUUGUGUAUGUUGCGUAUAAUUAUCGGUUGGGGAUGACGGGGUUGGCGAAUGGGCCGACGUUCUUGCAUGAGGGGGGUGUGUCGAAUACGGCGGUUUGGGAUGUCGAGCAUGCGUUUAAGUGGGUGAAGAAGUAUAUCGGCGAGUUUGGGGGCGAUGCGGAGGAUGUCACUGCUGUUGGCUUCUCGGCUGGUGGGUCGCAGGUCAUGUUCCAAAUGACCCGGUUUGCUGGCCAUGCGGAGCAGUUGUUCCAGAAGGCGUAUGUUAUGUCCCCAGAAAUCGGCUUCGUCCCUGGUGCCGGACAUAACCACGCGGAGCAGUUCUGGCAGAAUGUCUCUUCCGCCGUUGGCUGUGAUGGCGGCCACCUCGACUGCAUGCGCAGCAUCGACUUCGACACGCUGAUCAGCGCCGCCGACGACAUCGUCGACACGUACGACUACCAGAUGCAGCCGCGCGUCGACGGCGACAUCAUUGCCGACACCUACGAAGCGCAGUUCUACCAGAAGCGCGUCGCCUUCAAUGGCCCGGCCGUCCUCUCGCACGAGCAGCACGAGGCCAACAGCCAGUCGUACUCGGGCGUCAACACCAGCGACGACGUCGCGACGUACCUCCGCAUCUUCUUCCCGGCCAUCUCGGACGAUGUUGUUGACGAGCUGCUCGAGCUCUACCCCGAGUCCGACUACACCGAGCCCGGCCUGCGCUUCUCGGACAUGAAGCAGUCUUUCGAUCUGACUUGCAAGAACCUCGCCCUCACCCAGUACCUCAAGAACAAUACCUGGAACGCCAUGGUCGCGCUGGACCAGGCGACGCACGGCACGGACCAGAGCUACUACUGGUACAGCACGUACUCGCUCAGCGACUCUUCCUCCUCCACCACCACGACCAGUUCCUCCAACUCGACCACCACCAGCUCCUCGAACUCGACCUCCAGCGGCGCCCCCAGCGGCGGUAUGGGCAGCGGCAUGGGCGGCAGCAGCUCGGUCAACGCCACCGUCGCCGUCGCCAUGCAGAAGUACCUGCUGUCGUUCGUCCUGACGGGCAACCCCAACACCAAGUGGGCCGACGACAAGCUGUUCUGGCCGCAGUACGGCAACGAGACCAACUCGCUCGUCUUCAACACGACCUUUUACCUCGAGGAGGACGACCUGGCGAACGACAAGUGCCUGUACUGGAACAAGGCGCUGUGGUACUAG